UCUUCUUUCAAAAUUGGGUGUGUAGUAACGCGUUAACACGGAGAAUUAAAACCUCCUUUUAGUGACUGGGUUAUUUAAAUCGUGACUUGAUAUCGAAGCCGCAUACAACUAAACAACCACCUUCUUCGCUGAAGACUAGACGAUAUUCUGCACCGAGAUCCUGUAUGGUUGGUGUGUGGUGCAGAAAUGGCGCUGGAGGAAGGGGCACGGAGCUGUCUGCUGCGUUUCCGCCAAAAACUGGAGGAGGACAUUAAGCCCAACUACCUGAUGGAUCACAUGAUCAGUGAUGGUGUGAUGACUGUGGAAGAGGAGGAGAGGAUCACGACUCAGCCUACCAGGAAGGAUCAGGCCGGAGCACUGAUAGAGCUCUUGUUGAGAAAGGACAGCCUUGCCUACAUUUCUUUCUACAACGCACUGGUCAAAGAGGCAUAUGACGAUUUGGCCAGUUUGCUCCAUAGGGAUCUGCCGGACAUCUCAUUGAAUCCACAUAGGGGCUCUUCUGACGGCUCUGCAACUUAUGUUCAGUCAAUGCUUAGUGAAGGCGGCAUCCCACAGAGGCCUGUAGUGUUUGUCAACAGGCCAGAGCUGGUGAACCGGGCCAGGGAGAAGCUUUACCGGCUCCAUAAGGAGCCCGGCUGGAUCACUGUCUUUGGCAUGGCUGGCUCUGGGAAGUCUGUCCUAGCUGCUGAAGCUGUUAGAGAUCAUGGAAUCAUUGAAGAUUGCUUUCCUGGAGGCGUCCACUGGCUGUCCAUCGGCCAGGUGGACAAGCCAGACCUGCUGGUUAAAGUUCAGUCAUUGUGUUUUCGUCUGGAGCAGAGCCUUGAUUCCCAGCCCCUCCACCGUCCCCCAAACUCUCUGGAUGAAGCCAAGGAGCGUCUACGCUUCCUCAUGCUGCGCAGAUAUCCAAGAUCUCUGCUGAUUUUGGAUGACAUCUGGGAUAGUACAGUGUUGAAGGUGUUUGAUAUCCACUGUCGUGUUCUUCUCACCACCAGAAAUAGAAGCCUCACUGAUUCUGUUAGUGGUGCUAAGCACGAGGUGGAAGUUGAAAGCGGUUUGGAUGAAAACAAGGCCUUGGAGAUCCUUGCUCUGUACACUAGAAUAAAACUGCAAGCACUACCUGAGGAGGCUCGCAGCAUUGUCAGAGAGUGUAAAGGCUCCCCUUUGGUGGUGUCUCUGAUCGGAGCGCUGCUCAGAGAAAAACCAAACCGCUGGCGUUACUAUCUCUGCCAGCUGCAGAUGAAGCAGUUCAAGCGUAUAAGGAAGUCAUCAUCUUAUGACUAUGAUGCCCUGGAUCAGGCCAUGGCUGCUAGCAUCGAGGUACUUCCUGAUGAGCACCGAGACCUCUACAAGGAUCUUACUGUGCUACAGAAGGAUGUCAAAAUCCCUGCUAAGGUGCUGUCUGUUCUUUGGGAUCUGGAACCUGAGGAGGUGGAGGACAUCCUGGAGGAAUUUGUUAACAAGUCUCUGCUUUUCAUGGACAAUAACAGUAAACCCUACCUGUACUACCUUCACGACCUCCAGAUAGACUUCCUGUUGGAGCAGAACCGAACGCAGCUUGAGAGCCUUCACACUAAGGUGGUGCGUCAGUACCAGCAGCAUUACAGAGAUGGUCCCCCCACUUCAGGAGACGAGGAAUCUCUUUACUGGAUCCGACAUUUGACCUACCAUAUGGCCAAAGCCAACCUUACCCAGGAGCUCUACUCCCUCAUGUUCUCUCUCAAUUGGGUGAUCAUCAAAGCCAAGAUAAUGGGUCCAGCUCAUCUCAUCAAUGACUAUGUGGAGUAUGGAUCCAUUCUGGACCAAGAGAACAGUGAAGUGCGCAGUCAGUUCCAGGAGUUUCUGUCUCUGAACGGCCACCAGCUCGAGCAGCGUCCUUUCCCUGAUGUUGUGCAGCUUGCUCUGUCUCAGCCGCCCAACUCCGAAGUCUACAAACAAGCUCGAGUGCAGGCACAGAACCGGACCAAAGCUGGGAAACUCUACUUUGACUUGGUGAAUAAGAGCGGUGUAGACAAUCUGUCUCGUUUGGUGAUUCACCCCCACCAGGGCUCCAUUUACUCUGCCUGCUUCUCGCAGGAUGGAACCAAAAUUGCUUCUUGUGGAGCUAGCAAGACACUCAAGGUGUUUAAAAGUACCUCAGGUGAGAAGCUCAUGGAGAUCUCUGCCCAUGAUGACGAAGUGCUUUGCUGUGCCUUCUCCCCUGACGGCCGUCUCUUAGCAACCUGCUCUAGUGACAGAAAAGUCAAGGUGUGGAAUGGAGAGCGAGCAAUGCUGCUUAGGACGUUUGAAGAGGAGCACGAAGAGCAGGUCAACCACUGCCAGUUUACCAACACAUCAGGGCGCCUCCUUUUGGCCACCUGCUCCAAUGACGAUAUUCAGAACGUCAAGUUGUGGAACCUCAAUAAGCCAUCCUCCCAGAACACCAUGUUUGGUCACUUUCAACCAGUCAACCACUGCUGUUUCUCUCCUGAUGACAAGUAUCUGUCAACUUGCUCCAACGAUGGUACCCUUAAGGUAUUUGAGGUUUCUUCUGCCAAUGAAUGGAAGACAAUCAAUGUAAGUGACAUGUUUACAGACAACAAGGAAGACGUCUUUGUCAAGUGUAGCACCUGGACUGCCGAUGGCAAACGCGUCAUAUGUGCUGCCAGAAAUGCUGUUUUGGUCUUUGAUGUAGAGACAUCAGACAUGUUGUUUGAAAUCAGGACCAGUCGAAUGAGCACAGUUCAAUACUGUCACGCCUGCCCCACCAGUAACCUGCUGGCCAUUGCGUUUUCAAACUAUGCUGUUGAGCUGUGGGAUCUCGAAGCCAAUAAAAAGAUGGCAGACUGCAGUGGCCACCUAAGCUGGGUGCAGCGUGUCCAGUUUUCUCUUGAUGACUCACAGCUGCUCUCCUGCUCUGAUGAUCAGACCAUCAGGAUAUGGGAGACCAAGAAGGUUCACACAUCCUCAGCCAUCCACCUGAAGAGAGAUUCUGACGUUCUGUUUAAUCAUGACGAAAUCAUAGUGUCAGCUGCAGAUAACUGCAACAGACUGCAGGUGCGUGAUGGUAGAACAGGAUCGGUGCUGUUCCAGUCAGAGGAGAAGUCAUCCAGGAUCCGGUGUACCUGUAUCUGUCGGCAGCCCUCUGCUGUUGUCCUGGGGCAAGAAGAUGGCACUGUGCAGGCGUCAGGGCUGACAGUUAGUCAUCUCCUAAGGAUGCUUGGCUGCAGGAUCCGAAGACUCCUGACCUCCCACAGGGGGUUGGUGCUGGCAGUAGCUCUGUGCACAGGCAGCGUGCAGGUGCUGGAGGUGCCCUCUGGGAAGCUUCUGGCCACUCUGCAGGGGCACACUAAGACUGUGCUGCACUGUCAGUUCAGUCAGAACGGCCAAACACUCAUCACUUCAUCUGAGGACGCCACCAUAAGAGUGUGGGAGUGGAAGUCAGGCAAGUGUAAAGUACUGCACGGUCAUAAGGAGCAAGUCAGAUGCUUCUCUCUACUCUCCGACUCACCAAACGACUCAAGACUGCUGUCCUGGUCCUUCGAUGGUACUGUGAAGGUAUGGGACACCGAGAGCGGAGAGAAACUGCAGGACAUCGAGGCUCAUCACGGAACCAUUCUGUCCUGUCAUGUCUCGCCAGACGGAUGCUUCUUUGCCACCACCUCUACUGACAAGACUGCUAAGUUGUGGCACUGUGAGUCCUGGCAGUGUGCCUACACAUUGAUCGGCCAUCAGGAGUGUGUGAGAAGCUGCCGUUUCUCGUGGGACAGCCAACACCUUGCAACGGGAGAUGACAACGGAGAGAUCCGGCUCUGGAGUGUCAAGGAUGGGUCCUUGCUGAAGGUUUGUUCCCGGGACGGUAAGGAUGGCAUGGACUCGCUGCAUGGAGGCUGGGUAACAGAUCUGCACUUCUCCCCAGACAACUCUCUUCUGGUUUCAACUGGAGGUUACAUCAAGUGGUGGGAAGUGAAGACAGGCAAAGCUCUGCAGACCUUCUAUACAACGGGAAGCGCUUUAAAGAAGAUACACGUGUCAUCCGACUUCUCCACCUUCGUCACUAUCGACAAUAUCGGCAUCCUCUACAUCCUCCAGAGGGUGGUGUGACGAUAACGCCGCCGACACCGCUCCAAAAGAUGACAGAAACAGACACCAUCAUCCAGCUUAUUGCAAGAACUGCUCAAUUGCAUAAUGUAUGCAGAAUUGUCCAACGCUAAACGCCCUACGCAUCUAAGAAAAACAGUUUACAUUUUGACUUUGCACAGUCAAUAACAAUAACCUUGAGAGCAUUAGACAAAUACACUUUGCUGGGGUCACAUGACUAGUUUGCGCCAGCUUUAAAUGAUGCACUGUGAAAUCUUCUUCCUUGAAUCUGCAUUACACACAUGGACAUAUAAUAAUAUCUUUUUAAACACAAAGAGGUGCAUUUAAAAGGUAACACUGAUUUCUAAAAAGCCAGCAAACCUGAUCACCGGGUCUUCUCAAACCCAUUUUUUUCUACCACUACUAUUUACCAACAGAUGAAAGAUUUAAAUGAAAAAUAUCUGUGGUUUUUUUGGGGUUGAGGAUUGCACAUGUGCAAGAGAUUUUCCACUUCUGUAUGUAAUCGUAAAAGCUAUCAUAGACGUCUUAUGAUUUGUUAGAAGUGAUGAAGUGAGUUUGGUUUGUCUGUGCUCUGAUGCUUUCGAACUUCUGCAUUGGGUCAGUAUUCAUUAUUGACAGUUUUAAACCGUUUCUAGACACUGCAGCCUUUUCGUGAAUGCGCAUACUGUGGGUAACAGAGGGUAUGUGUGCUUUGUGUCAACACUUUCUCAACAUACCAGCACAUUUGGAGCUUUUGGUGCACUUUGAUGAGCAUUAAAAAUGGAUAGCAUGAUAAAGUUUGCAUCUAAAUUCUUUUCAAAGCUAAAGAGACUAUUUGUAUGUCGAAACUGUUUGUACUUUUGAACGUGGAUCAAAGGAAAUGUUUUCUAUAAAAUAUAAUCACAGUAUGUGAUUUAUAAUUUAUACUCGAAUUUCAUGUUGCCAGUCUUAAAAGACAUUUUUCUGCUUUAAUUGCCUUUUUUCAUAUAAAUAUAUAACUGUUUUAACUUUAGAUAUUACUUUAUAUGUGCACGUUGUCUUACUACUGAGCCUUUACUUGUUGAGAGCACUUGGAAGAAGUAGUUACAAUCUUUAAGGAUGCUUUUCUUAAUGUGACUUGAAAAACAAAUCCUUAAUUUGAGUGCAAAUUCUGAGGUUUUACAGAGAGAGGCAAGUGUCCCUGUACCUUUAUCGAAACCACUCGCGUCAGUGAGAAAGGUGUGGACUCCAUGUGCAGCUGGAGCAAUAAGCACAGAAAAAGAAUAAAUCAAAGUAAGGAUGAAUUUCAAUAAUGCUUGUGUCAUUCUCACACUGUUCCCUUCCUGACUGGUGCUUUUUUAAAAUUGCUGUUCAAUCAUCAAAUUUCCUUCUAACGGAUAUGUUGAUAUCAGCUCAGGAUGUAAACUGUUAUAUG